GUGUUUUUUUCCAGUUUCACUUCUCGUCUGUUGUGGCGUAACAAUUUUUAUUCAUUUACUGACAGAUUCCUCCCAAACUGCGGGAAAGAUUAACAGACCUUCGCAUUCAGCGAAGAUGGUUGUUUACAUAAAAUUCUUAGCUGUUUUAUUCUAUUUCGUUCUAUUCUUUAACUUCGGUGAUUCGCUCGAGUGCUAUGUUUGUACUACACAGAACGGAAAUACGGAGAAAUGUCUCAGAACGAUUAGAACUUGUGAACCUGGGGAAGACUAUUGUUUGACAACAAUUGCAUGGGGAAGUCAUCCUUAUUGGACUAUUAAUGCUGACAAGCAAUAUUAUGUCUCCAAACAAUGUGCAACAAAGAGUUUUUGUGAGAAGACUUGGAACGAAACCCUACCUUACUGUGAAAGAAUUUGGUACCUCGAUUGGAGGUGUUCAGAAUGCUGCCAGGGUGAUCGUUGCAACUACUUUGUUACGUUGACAGGAGCAUCACUGCAUUCCAGUUUACAUCUCAUUUUUAUUGGAGUUUUAGCAAUUUCUGCCUAUAUAUAUAUAGGACGCUCAUAAUGGUAGUUUUUAAUGACCCAUGUUGUAAAAGUGCAUCUUAAACAUGUUAAAUCAUUCCGUCCAUUGCAUCGUCUGACUGAACAAUUCCUUUCAAUGAAGUUUUUAAAAUACACAACUUACAAGUA